AUGUUCGACGAAAUAAAGCAGGAAAUUGGCAAGAUCGAUCCGUACGCGGAAACAAUCGAGCAAACGUACCAUCUGCGAAAGUUCGGUGAACUGUUCCGGCGACGCAUCACCAGCGAUCAACUGCUAAAUGAUCUCUUUCUGGUUCUCAACGAGGAGGCACUAUCGAAUGGAAAAUUUGCCAUACAGCUGGCGAUUGUAUUUGCGUCCCGCCAGCUAGCCGAUGCAUCGUUAUACGAGACGAAGAUUCGUAACGCCAUGAUUGCGACGCUGCAGCAGAAUUUUCUCGCCAUCGAACGGUUGAAGCAGGAAGAUGUGCACCGAUUCUACAACUCCGUCACGCUGCUCGGCGAGUAUUACAACCGAAAGCGGGUAGCGUUUGGUAAACGUAUCCACAUCUUGGGACAAUCGUUGCUGCUGCUGUUGACUUCUGAGCUGGAGCAGGAAAUCAACAAAUCUUACCGGCAACCAGCGACGUACAGGUUAGACUCGGAGUUUGCUAAACUUGUCCUAACACAGAUCACGCUAAACGGCGAAGAUGCCAAGGUGGAACACAGGAAAGAAAUUAACGAUCUGCUGUACACGAUGCGGAAGGCAUUGAUCGUCAUCCCGAAUCUGUGCGCUCGGGCGAAAUCGUUCCUGCUGAUGGCGCUUGAUCUGUACCAUGGACAUCUAGGGGAAGGACUACUUGAUAAGCUGUACGGCAAGUAUUUAACGGAGCCAGAUGUAGCUCCCGAGGAGGAACGACAUGCCACCGACAUCUCUAACGGGGACGUGCCAAAAGCGAACGGAAUUGAAUCGGUUCAGUCAACACAAACACAACCGGCAACGGAAGAAAGGAGGAAAGAAAGGCAUGGAAAAAAGACACCCGUGGGCGAUACUCCCGGACAGAAAGCCUCUAAAGCAUCUAAAUCCAGCACAUCAUCGAAUCGUUCGUCUGGUGCAAGCAAAGCUUCCAACCCGAACAAUACAGCCAAUGAUAAGGAAAACAAACGCCGCUCAACGCAAACGAAGGUUGCACCGGGGCAGAAAACUUCCCCAAAGACAACGACCGCCAGUCGGUCGAUUCGUUUGCACGAGGAUGGCAAUAUUGUGGCUACGAUUACACGUGACACACCGACCACUCCGACGAAGAAGCAUCCUCCCAUCACGGCACAACCGCCAUCACCUCAACAAUCACACUCAAUCCGUUCGCCAACUUCCACCAAACAGAAACUUUCACCACGGAUGGAAAAGCUGGCAACACUGCCGAAGAUCACCAUCACCUGUGCGACACCGUCACCGAAGCGGUCGCAAGACAAAUCCGCCGCUAUCUCUCCCCGGGCCGUACUAGGUCCAUCGAUAGCGAAACAAAAACCACAUCCACCCCCGAAAAGUCCUACCCACAGUCGAGAGGGAGUGCAAUAUGCGGCGAAGAAUGUUCCCCAAGUGCCUCGAACUCGGCAUGAUCGAAAUGUCCGUGAUCUUGCUAAAGGAAAUACAAUGAAAAAUCAUGAAUCGAGUGGAAAGAUUGAAAAUCCAAGUACCGAAACGUUCCCACAGAACGAACACAGGAAUGGUGAUGAUGUAAAGCAUACAGAGGUAGAUCAGAAUUCGCGGACAAAAGAAUCGCCCACACUAAACGUUCCUCAGGAACCGGCCAGAAUCGAUUGGAGUAUACCGCCCGAAUCCGAAUACACCACGGAAGACGUGACAAAGUGUGAUCCGAAAGCGAACAGUGUGGAUGCCGGGGUACCGGCGACUAAACCCAAGCUGAAACCUUCCUACUUUCGGGAGGAAAACGUGGAGAACCUGUCCUGGGAUGCGCUGAUUCCGCUCGAUGACGAAUCACCGCAGAAGGUGAACCCGCACACCAAAUCGUUCCUAUCGUUUUUAGCCAGCGAAUGA